AUGGGGUCUAAACGAUGCGUUUACUGUGCCAGCCUCACGAUCGAAAAGCUCGUACACUUGGCCGAGAGGGAAUUUUACGGGCAUACGUUUCCAGGCGAGCAUUACUAUCAACACCAUCAGUCCUUCAAAGACCUGGAGAGCGCAGCAUAUGAGGGCUGUGACCUUUGCUGGGUGAUACUGGACGCCUUCAAGACGACACCUGAGGAUUAUAUGUCAUCGGCAAUUGGGAUCACGGCAGAAGAAGCUGAUCGCAGGGGCUCGCUGUACACUGAAGCGAUUCUCGCCGAGCCAUCCCAUGUCAGGCUGGCCAUCAACGCCAGUCACGUUUACGCAGGACGCCGUCUUGACGAAGUCGAAGCGUUUGAUAUCCUCUUGGUUCAGACAGAUCAACCGCUAUUCAUCGAUGGGCGUCGAAUUGGACGUUUUGAGACUGGGAGGGACUUGGGUGCUGACGAGAACUUCGCUGUGGUCAAUGCAUGGCUUCAGCAAUGUCGGGAAGAGCACCUCACCUGCCGCACAGAGGUUGCUGGCCUAUUGCCCACACGCGUAAUUGACGUUCACUCCGAGCCCCCCAAACUGGUCCUAUCUCGAGGUGCAGUCGGGAAGUAUCUUGCGUUGAGCCAUUGCUGGGGAGGAGCAAUCUCAGUGCUUCUGACGACAAAGACGAUAGACCCAUUCCAGGAGGAGCUUCCCAUGGACCAGAUCCCGCGAAAUUUCGAAGAUGCUAUCACCAUCACUCGACGACUCGGCGUUCAGUAUCUAUGGAUCGAUAGCUUGUGCAUAAUGCAGGACUGCAAGGAGGACUGGACGGUGGAGUCGAAAAAGAUGGGACAAGUCUAUCGCGAUUCUGUCCUUACGAUUUACGCCGCUGCAGCAACGGGCAGCACAAGCGGGAUCCUCUGUAAAGGUUCCAACAACGGAAGCCAAGCGCGUGCAGCGAUCAAGGUGUUCAACAACGAGCUGUUAGAGGUGGCGGUUGCAGGAAAAUGGGACCCAGACCUUGAAUCCAUGAAGGUCUUGGAACGAUCCAGUCCGCUCAAUAAGCGCGGCUGGACGCUCCAGGAGUUGACACUGAGCCCUCGGCAGCUACAUUUUGGAAAGGAUGGGAUCUACUGGCGAUGUCGAGAGCAGACCUGCAGUUUAGAUGGCCUUUCAAUAGGCAACCUUUCUCCAUAUGACUCCAUGGAUGUGGACCCGUCAUCUGUCUUUUUCUGGGACACCGCGCACGGUCAGCGACUCACCCCUGACGAAAUGCAAGUUGCCAUGACAGCAUUUCUCACCCUGGUCCAAACCUAUUCACACCGCGCACUCACAUACAACACAGAUAAAUUACCAGCACUCUCAGGGCUGUGCGAGCGCAUUCAUCGACUUAUUGGAGGGGAAUACCUAGCUGGCAUUUGGAGUCGCGACCUUGCCCGUGGGCUUCUGUGGUACAAGGAGAUGUCAAGUUGCAAGCACGUCCAGCCGUAUCGAGCGCCUUCUUGGUCUUGGGCUACGACAAACGACCCGGUGUUGUUCCAAAUCCGGCCAGAAAUGCCAGCCACUCCGAGUAUCGAAAUCAUCUCUCACAGGAUCGAGCCCUGUGACUCAGCGAACCCGUACGGAGCGGUGAGGUCAGGCCUUCUCGUUGUCAAAGGCCUCACCCUUCCCUUGAUCCGCAGUCGUCAAGUAGACAAAACAUUGUGGAGCCAAGACAGGUAUACCGCUCUAUUCAUCGAUACUGGCACUGACCUUAAGAGCGCCAUGGGUUUGGUACUGCGGCCGAAGGAACACUCUGCGGAUGUCACGUUUGAAAGGGUCGGAAUGUUCAGCGUCGAUGCCGGUGUCGUGCCGGGACUGAUGGAUGAGUUGAAGGACGAAACCAUCACCUUGGUUUGA